AUGGCACCUACUUAUCUUGGAGUUGAAGUCGAUGUCAACGACCCGGAUUGUCCUGUGAAUAGUGUUCGUAAUUUGCUCCAUGAUGAUGAAGGUUACUCAGAUCUUGACAAUGAUCAAAAUUCUGAUCCGAACCCACUCGACACUUCCAUGUUUCAACCGGAGCUCACUGUCAUACCUCUGCCAUCCAACAUUGGUGAGGUGAGGUGCAGGGAGUUAGGUCUCACCAAUCUCAUGAAAGAAGAAAUUUCCCUCAGAGAAGGCCAGGCAAAUGACGCACUCCAUGCCAUCAGAGUUCAUUUAGGAGAUAAAGCUCUUAUAUUCCACAAUACUGUCCAGUCGGCCAAGUCACAGGCAUCAUCUACUAGGGCAUGGACUCGAGUUCGCUCAGUGGAAACAGCUGUAAAUCUCAAUGCAAGUAUCUAUUCAAAAUGCCGGUCGCAACUGGCCAAACUCCCUGACCACGACCUCUUGAAGAAAUACCUUCCUUUGAAAAAAGAAGACCUCAAAGCCAGCUCUGCAGUGGCCGAUCCAAAUGCACGUGGUCAGAGGGACACCACUCUUUCAUGGUUCUGGUCUCUGGAUGUCCAGGGCGACACAUCAGGGAAUGACUGGAUGACAGAAUUUUACUGGGUUAAUUGGCUCCGGACAAAAGCACUGCGCGAUCGUUGGAAUGAGGAAGUUAUUCUCGUCAAACAUGAAAUGCAGUGGUCAAUCAAUUUCUUUAACCACAGAGCCAAGCAAUGGCUCGGUCACAUGCGCAAUGCCACUUCUGCCGGGCUCACUGGACAUACAUGUUAUGCUGCCAGACAAUCUCACAUAUAUGAGCAACUAGCAGCACAUGCAGAGGAUUCUUUUCGUAAAAUGCUAGUUCAGCUAGAAGUACCGGUAUCAGUCACCAUUGUUGGUGGUACCGGUUAA